UCCAGAGCGCCGCGUCAGUCCAUCAGGCUGUGACACUUAUCGUUUCGAAAGCAGCAGCGCACCACACAGAGAGAGAAAGAGCAGGAGAGAAUGGAGAGAAGUGAAGAGAACGACGAUGAACCCUCCUCGUCCUCGUCCCACCAAAACACAAUGUGGAAACAAUUUCAAGCGAGAGCCAAACCCAUCCUUAGCCCUAAACUCAGCGCCAGAAACCCAGAUGAGAAAAAGGAGAGGGGAUCAUUGUGGAUGUUUCGGAAGAAGAAAAAGCACCCUGUUUUGGACCGGGUGAUCUCCUCCUCGCAGCCCGACCUAUUCUCCGCACCGGUGGGUUUGGACUUGCAGGAGUCGCCCCUCUGCGGCAAAGUGGACCCGAACACCAGCCACAGCUCCAGACAGGCGGGCGAAGAAACGAUGCAGCACGAAACACAGAGUGUCGUUGGCGGCUCGGGAAUCCCGAAGCCCACGCUAGUACAGUUGGUGCAGUCCCACCACAAGAGCUCUUCGCUGGGGUCCUCGUGCCUGGAGAGGCUGGUUACAGACCCUUCAGCAAGUGGUAGUGACAGCGAUGGAGGGGAGAAGGAGGCACAGCUGGAUAAAACUGACCUGCAGGUUAUGGGUGCCACUGGUGCCUCGGGGGUUAACUCGGACCGAGCUCUGCCCAGCUCAGGGAUGUACCAGCUGGACAUAGUGCUGAAGAGAGGACACAACCUGGCCAUAAGGGACAGAAUAGGUACCAGUGAUCCAUAUGUGAAGUUUAAGCUGUGCGGCAAGGAGGUGUUUCGCAGUAAGACCAUCCACAAGAACCUUAACCCUGUCUGGGACGAGGGGACUAAACUACUGGUGGACAAUCUGCAGGAACCACUCUAUGUCAAGGUGUUUGACUAUGACUUCGGCCUUCAGGAUGACUUCAUGGGUUCAGCUUACCUCUACCUGGAGUCCCUGGAGCAACAGAGGGCAAUACCAGUUACUCUAACACUGCAGGACCCCCACUACCCUGAUGUAGACCUGGGAACACUGGAGCUGACCGUCACCUUAAGACCUAAAGCCAGCCCCGUAGAGGAGCCACACAGAGAUGCCACUACCAUGCUGCUCAAAAGGACCUGGAGACGAUCCAGUAAGCAGCAGUCAGUGCGUCUGUCGGAGCUGCACCGUAAGGACCAGCUGUGGAGAGGCAUCGUCAGCAUCUCUCUGAUCGAAGGUCGCGACCUUUGCCCCAUGGACCCUAACGGCCUCAGUGACCCCUAUGCGAAGUUCAGACUGGGAAACCAGAAGUACAGGAGCAAGACCAUGCCUAAGACGCUGUGUCCCCAGUGGAGAGAGCAGUUUGAUCUGCACCUGUAUGAGGAGACAGGAGGAAUGCUGGAAAUUGCAGUCUGGGACAAAGACACAGGACGCAGGGAUGACUUCAUAGGACGCUGUACAUUAGACCUGUCCACCCUGGCUAAGGAACACACCCAUCGGUUAGAGCUGGCGUUGGAGGAGUCCCGGGGCUUUGUGGUGCUGCUGGUCACUCUGACAGCCUCCUUACACGUCUCCAUCGCCGACCUGUCACUCACCCCGCUCGACGACCCCGUUGAACGCAGAGAGAUCAUGGGCCGAUAUGGCAUGUUCCGGACCCUGUCUAACCUGAAAGAUGUGGGGAUAGUUCAGGUCAAGGUGAUGAGAGCUGAGGGCCUCAUGGCUGCCGAUGUCACAGGUAAGAGUGAUCCUUUCUGUGUUUUGGAGCUGAAUAACGACCGGUUACAAACACACACCGUCUACAAGAACCUCAACCCGGAAUGGAACAAAGUCUUCACCUUUAAUGUGAAGGACAUUCACUCUGUGUUGGAGGUGACAGUGUUUGAUGAAGACCGAGACAGGAGCGCUGACUUCUUGGGCAAAGUGGCCAUCCCACUGUUAAAUAUCCAGAAUGGAGAACAGAAGGGUUAUGUAUUGAAGAAUAAGGAGAUGACUGGACCAACUAAAGGACUCAUCUACCUAGAGUCUGACGUCAUCUAUAGCACUGUGAAGGCAGGCUUGAGAACGAUAGUUCCACCAGAGCAGAAGUACAUCGAGGAAGAACCCAAAGUGUCUAAACAUUUGCUCCAACAGAACUUUAACCGAGUGAAGAGGUGCGUCAUGUUCCUGAUAAACAUUGGUACCUUCAUUAACAGCUGCUUCGAGUGGGAGUCACCUCAGAGGAGCAUCAGUGCCUUCCUGUUCUUUGUGGUAGUAGUGUGGAACUUUGAGCUCUACAUGGUACCUGGGGCUCUGCUGCUGCUGUUGACGUGGAACUACUUCAUGACUGCAAGCAGGGAGCCAGGAGACAUGGCAGUGGAGGCCAAGUUUGAGUGGGAGGAGGAGGAAGAGGAGAAAGAUGAUAAGGAUUCGGAGCGUAAGGGCUUCAUGGAUAAGCUGUAUGCCCUCCAGGACGUGUGUGUCAGCGUACAGAGUGCCUUGGAUGACGUGGCCUCCUAUGGAGAGAGGAUAAAGAAUGCAUUUAACUGGACAGUGCCUUUCCUGAGUUGGCUGGCCAUCUCGGUUCUGUGUGUGGCUACAGUCCUCCUCUACCUCAUCCCUCUGCGAUACCUCGUACUCGCCUGGGGUGUGAAUAAGUUUACUAAGAAGCUGAGGAAUCCGUACCUGAUUGAAAACAAUGAGGUGCUAGACUUCCUCUCUAGAGUCCCCUCAGACGUACAAGUGAUGCAGUAUCGGGAGCUGAAGUUCAAUCCAGGACAGAGCCCCAGCAAACGAAAGAAGACCAACCCUGGCUAGACACACACACACACACACACACACACACACACACACUCACACUGGACUUUCUGUCUCUGAGGGAUAUUCAAUACUCCCAUACUUUGUAAAUAGGGUAUGCAACUGUAAACAUUGUAAAAACAAAUAGUAUCGAUUUUUUUUAUAUUAUGAAUAUCAAUAUGAUUAAGACUAGUGGUAGUUUAAUUUUUUGUGUUUUAGAUGUUGUGGAAGUCACAGCACAAAGAGAACACACAGUGUAUGUUUUUUUUACUCCUGUUCUUUGUUUGGUCACAAAAUAACUUUAUAAAACGGGUCCAAACAUUUCUGGAUUUUUAAAAUGGAAAGACUCCCUUCUGGAGACGCGUGUGCUUUUCUCCGACUAGAUACCUGGAUACCUGUACAAGAUUAGCACAGGGACACCCUAGCCUCCAGGACUAAGUUGGCAGUUAUAAUAACAAAGGACUGAGUUUUUAAUAUGUAUGUACUGUAUGUGUAUAACGAAGAGUAUGUAUUUAUAUCAAAGAGCAUGUACGUAUGUACUGUGUAUGUUUGUCAAAUCAAAUCAAUUUUUUUAUUGGUCGCAUACACAUACUGUAUUUAGCAGAUGUUAUUGCGGGUGUAGCGAAAUGCUUGUAUAACACAAUAUAUAUUUGUUUUAUACUGCAAAGGUGCUUAGGAGCUAGAAGUGGAGCUGCCAGGUCUAUCGACACCAUCUUGGCCCUAAUCUGAAUCUCUGCAAGUUUGUUUUAAUGUACAGAGAGCAGAGAGUCUUCUUGUAGAACUCUUCUGUUUCUUUGGUCCAGACACAUUUUUUAAAUGAGCAUCUGCUAUUAUCGAGGGUGACUGAAGUUGGACUGCUAGAAGAAUCAUCUAGGAAGACAAUGCAUUCUAGUUUUAGAAUGCUAAAGAUUAUUUUACAAUCCAACCAUGUUUUUUGUAUCAGUGUCUCGCAUGAAUCUGAACCUGUGAGUAAGUGUGUUUAUGUAUGUAAUAUAUGUAGUGCAUAUUCAGUGUGGCUGUUGCAUGAGUGUGUGUCGCAUCCUGAAGUCGGUACAAAGGCUUGUUGAUAGUGUAUUCGCAUUUAUCCCAAGAACAGUGUUUCUCUUUCACAUCAACUCCAUCAAAGGUUUCUACCUGGUUACCUGAUCGGGGUUUUACCUGUGAUGUGUGUGUUUAUAAACAUUCAUUGGCUGAUCAGGUGUUGAAUGUGAACCGACAGUGUGCUCUUAUCUGAGAACACGUUCAUAAAAGGUUUAUGACCACAGGUUUACCUUAGAGUGAGGUCACUGCACAUGAGCUCUGGGUCGGCUGAAGCCAAAAUCAUGAGAUCAUUCUCUGAUAAUGUUGGUUAAUGUAAAAUACAUUUGUAAUGUUUUAUUUUCUGUCUCUGUCUGCAUAAACCAUGUUCAUAAAUGAUUGUUGUACCACUGUGACUGUUAAUGCUUGAUGCUGAAGGAAUUCUGUAUGGUCUGCCUGAUACAGUAUAUAAAGACCAUGUAACUG